CAAACCCUUCAUGACAGGCACUGACUGCAAUUUGUAUCCGUCUCUCCUCUUGUUCUGUUUGUACUCGACGAUAAGGCUUACCACCCUCCACUGGCGUCCCGUUGUAUUUGACCCGGUCUUUGUUCACCAGUCUGUGGGACAAGCCGCUUUCACCUCUUUCUAGACCCAACUCGUCAUCGCCCUCUGACACCCUACCCGAGUUCGAGUACCUCCGCACGGAUCUUGUCGGCGACGUACCUUGACACGCACGAGUCCUACUUUCCCGUGCAAACGGAGGAAGAGGGCAAGAGAGUCAAGGACAUAGUGUCGAGUCUUCUACUUGCGGAGACGGAACGAAACAUCCCACAACCUUCAUUUUACGCCUUUCGUGCAGGGCCGCUUUCAUAGUCGACAGGGGAAAGCCAAUUGACCGGCAGAUUCGACUGCCAUACGGGGUCACGGAGCAACAGGGCACACAGAGGCGUAACGAAAGGCAUCAACGGCGGUGGAAGCCCUGUUGGACGGUCUGCACACAACAUGGCUUCAGAGAACGGGACUGCACAUCCUCCUGAACAUACCAACCUCGGAGAAGAUAGUGCGCCCCAAGACAACAGCUCAGAUGGCGAAAGAGAAGAGAAGACAACCAGAGAGAAGUUGCAGAAGACUACCAUUGCUAGAAGCGAAGAUCUACAGUCAGGCGAAGCCAACGCAAGCGAUCCUAUGUCAGAGACUCAUACAGAGACCGGGCUCCGAGGGCGACCGUCCAAGAAGCGAUCGUUCGAAGACCUGCAGACCGAAGACUCUCCAGCCGGAAUCGAGAAUGGCGGACCGCCACUGCCCAAGAAGGGUCAUCAUAAGAGGAUGAGGUCAAGAGAAGUCUCGGGCAACGAUGAGGUACACGGAUUGGAUAAGUUGUCGGAUGUCGCAAGCCCCGUGCAAGAGGAGAGCGACGACGAUGCGCAAAAGUCACCAGGCGGCCCAGGGGUCCUUGUCUCAUCACGUUCGAAGGACGAGAACCAGCCUGCUGCUACAGACAAGCCCACAACCUCAGAUGACACGCUCAAUGAAUCCUCAACCACUAGGCAACAAUCCUUGUCAAAUAUUCCAGCUUCCUCCGGGUUUGCCAAUACUUCGACAGCAUCUCCCUUCAGCAGUUUCAAAUCUCCCAAGUCACCAUCAGAAGCAUCUGAGCCUGCAGCCGCUAAGGAGACAUCUACUUCAACAUCAGCAUUUGCUUCUUCGGGCUUGUCAGCGUUCGCUUCUUCAGAGAAGUCUCCUUUCGAAUCGGUAGGUUCAACAGCAAAAGCAAGCAGCGGCUUCGGCGGAGUUGGUGGAGGGAGUGGGUUCGGCGCAGCUUCAAGUGGGUUCGGCGGCCCGUCGCCUUUCGCAAGUAAGCCAUCGGCUGGGUUUGGAUCUAGUGGUGGAUUCGGUUCGGCUGGGGGAUUUGGUGGGAGCUUCGGUGCUCCAAAACCAUUCGGUACUGGUGUAUCAACUUUUGCAGGAGCUGCGGGUGCGGCCGGCACGUUUGGCAAGUCUAAGCCAUUUGGGUCGACGAACGAAGACGAGGAAGAAGGCAGCGAGAACGAAGGUGAAGGAGACGAAGCGCAAGCGUCGACUGUGGAUGCCCCACAAGAUCCUAGAUUUAAGGAACAAGAGAUCGCAACGGGCGAAGAAGAGGAAGAGACCAUCUUCACGUGCAGAGCGAAGCUUUACCAUUUCGAGAAGGAGUGGAAAGAACGUGGCGCUGGAGUCUUCAAGAUUAACAUUCGUUACGAAAACAAGGCAAUAGACGGCACGCCUGAGAAAGAAAAGGCCGAAGCGGAAGAAGACGUCGAGGCUGGCAACCAGGCCGAAUUUUCGACAGUCGAGCGGAAGGCUCGUCUAAUCAUGCGAACAGAUGGUGUACAUCGACUUGUCCUGAACACGCCGGUCUUCAAAGACAUGAAUGUUGGGACACAUGAUGGCAAAGAACCGAGUGGAAGAACCAUGCAUUUGACCGGCUUAGAAGAAGGAAAACCUACGGGUUUCCAGAUCAAGGUUGGAAAAGAAGAUGUUCUGAGAGAAAUCUACCACAAGAUUCAGGAGCUUAAGGAUGACCUUUGAUGGUAGCUUUCUAAUCUUCUCCUUCAGCUUCACGGACCGCUCUAGAGGCGGCCAGAUGCAACUAAGCCCUGCACGAGUACCCACGACACAUGACACGCAACAGGGCACACUUGAGCGGAUAGCGUUACCCACAACCAUUUCGCUGUGGCCCCUGGCAAUGGGCUUCUGUAUGAGUCAGAUGAUCGGUGUUGGGCGACAGCAAUUGCAAUAGUUUUGGGCAACAGAGAAGCCAGUCGCUAGACGAUAAGAAUAGGUGCAGAUAUUGUUUGGGUUGACAGCGAUGCACUCGUACUCUUGAAAGAACGACCGAAAGUGAUCAAACUUACACAUCUCA